AUGGAGAGACCCUCCUCGCCUCAAGCCGAAAUAGGCGAAUCGCAGAAGUUCGAUGCUCGGCAGACAGAUGAGGCAGCAACCUAUCUUAACAACGCCGAGCAUUAUGAGCCCCUAUCGCCCGAAGAGGACAAGAAAUUCAAGAGGAAGAUGGAUUGGAUUUUGCUUCCGAUGUUGUUUCUUGUUGCUACCCUCGGAGCCAUCGACAAAGUUGCACUGGGAACAUCAGCCCUAUAUGGUCUUCGCGAAGACAACGCCCUCGUCGGUCAACAGUACAGCUGGCUUGGAUCCAUCUUAUCCCUGGGUGCUCUUUUCGGCAUGUUUCCUUCGUCUUGGCUCAUCCACCGUUUCCCAAGUGCCAAAUACCUUUCCGCAUGCUCCGUGGGAUGGUCUGCGUGCUCCCUUUUCCUUGCAGCCUGCCACAACUUCGCCGGACUUGCAACGCUACGCUUCUUGAUGGGAAUGUUCGAGGCCAUUAUCGUCCCCGGUAUUUCGCUGAUCCUGGCUGGCUUCUAUCUCAAGUCCGAGCAGCCUCCGCGAAAUGCUCUCGUGUUUGCUGCUGCUAGUUCCGUCUUCAAUGGGUUUCUCUCAUGGGCCAUUGGUCAUAUCCCGGACAGCGCUCCUCUGGCGAUUUGGCAAUACUUGUUUCUGCUCACCGGGUCUGUUUCCAUGAUCUGGUCCAUCAUCGCCUUCAUUUGGUUGCCCAGUACGCCAAUGGAUGCCUUUUUCCUCAGCGACCGAGAGAAGCAGCACGCUGUCCACCGCCUCGCUGCCAACAAGACUGGAAUUGUCAACCAUACUUGGAAAUGGUCCCAAGCCAAGGAAGCCGUGAUUGAUCCCAAAACUUGGCUGCUUUUCUUUUUCAACAUUGCCAUCAACAUUCCCAACGGCGGUCUCAUCACCUUUGGUGGUCUCAUUAUUGCUGGUCUUGGCUACUCCGGUGUCGAGGCUUCGCUUCUUACCAUGCCAAACGGUGUCGUGUCAACAAUCGCUGCUUUUGUUUUCUCCCUUCUCUCAGCGAAAUGGCAUAAUCGGAGAUGCCUCGUUACCAUGCUGGCUUGUACCGUCCCGAUUAUCGGUACUGCUGUGGUGUACGCUCUUCCUCGCAGCAACAUCGGCGGUCAGAUGGUCGGUCUAUACUUCCUCUACACCUAUUUCGGACCCUACGUUGUUGGAAUCGGGUUGGCACAGGCCAACACCGCAGGCCACACUAAGAAGACCAUCGUCUUUGCCAUCUUGUAUAUUGGCUAUGCUGUGGGCAAUCUUAUCGGGCCUCAGACUUUCCGAGCUAACCAAGCACCGGCUUACGUUGGUGGAACCAUCUCUAUGAUCGUUUGCUAUUGUGUCUGCAUUGGUAUUAUGGGAGCUUACUGGGCAUAUGCGGCGUGGGAGAAUAAGAGGCGUGCGGCUGCCUCUGUUUCCACUUCUCAAGACGCAGUUGAGUCUUUCAUGGACGAAACAGACUACGAACAGACUGGAUUUAUGUACACUACUUAA